GCAGCAAUAGAAUGUUCUAAGAUAUUAAAUGAAAGGAUGGAACCAAUGAGAAUAAAGAAACCAGAGCUGGAUUGGAGGAAACUCGUAUCACAAUGUAAUAUGAAUUCUAUUGAACUCACAGCAAAACACACGUAUGUAUAUGUUAUAAAAUACACGUAUUAUGGUUCGAAAGACGAAGAUAAAGAGUUUAAGUACUCGACCUAUGCCGUCGGUGUCACAGAAGUAGAAGUGGAUUUGUUAACGGGAGAAAAUCAAAUUACAAGAGUAGAUAUGAUGGUGGACUGUGGCGAUAGUUUAAACCCAUUGAUAGACAUAGGUCAAAUUGAAGGAGCGUAUGUGAUGGGAUUAGGGGCUGUUUUACUAGAAGAUAUCGUGUAUGAUCCAGAAUCUGGGAAAGUAUUGAAUAAUGGAACAUGGGAUUACAAUCCACCUACAAGUAAAGAUAUACCUAUUGAUUGGAGAAUACAUCUCUUACCAGAUUCACCUAAUCCAGAUGGUAUAAAAGGUUCUAAAGCUGUUGGAGAGCCACCAAUACUGCUAUCAACAGGAGCAUUAUUUGCUAUCAAACAGGCAAUA